CGUGUUUGAGCACGUGACCAUUCCUCACGGCACGGGCGCGUGAAGCGAGCGAGAGGAGCAGCUCUUUGUGUUUCUCUGUUUUUCGGACAAACACCGCCGCUGUGUUCACUCUGCUCUUAACAACCAUGUCAGCCUCUCGUACAAUUGUAUGUUUACUACGAAACGACUUGCGUGUUCACGACAACGAGCUUUUCCACUGGGCACAGAAAAAUGCCGAACACAUAGUUCCUCUGUACUGCUUCGAUCCAAGACAUUAUGUGGGGACUCACAACUUCAACUUCCCAAAAACUGGGCCUUUCCGUCUGCGCUUCCUGCUGGAGAGCAUCAGAGAUCUCAGAAACACGCUACUCAGCAAGGGCAGCAAUCUGGUGGUGAGACGGGGUAAGCCGGAGGAGGUGGUAGCAGACCUCAUCAAGCAGAUUGGUUCUGUUAGCAGCGUUGCCUUCCACGAAGAGGUUACUUCAGAAGAGCUGGGCGUGGAGAGAAAGCUGAAGGAAGUCUGCGCUCAGUUGAAGGUGAAGGUUCACACCUUCUGGGGCUCUACACUGUACCACAGAGAUGAUCUGCCCUUCCAUCACAUGUCCAGGCUGCCUGAUGUGUACACUCAGUUCAGAAAGGAAGUAGAGAGCCAGAGCAGAGUGAGACCUGUGUUCCCAACUCCUGAGAGACUGAAUCCUCUUCCCCCGGGGGUGGAGGGGGGAGAUGUUCCCACAGCGGAAGACCUGCAACAAACAGAACCUUUAACUGAUCCUCGUUCGGCGUUCCCCUGCAGUGGUGGAGAAAGUCACGCUCUGGCCAGACUUAAACACUACUUCUGGGACACGGAUAAAGUUGCGUCCUACAAAGAGACUCGUAACGGAUUGAUCGGGGUGGACUUUUCCACUAAAUUAUCCCCAUGGCUGGCAAAUGGUUGCAUUUCUCCAAGAUACAUUUACCAUCAGAUCAAACGAUACGAAGAGGAGCGAACAGCCAAUCAGAGCACUUACUGGGUCAUUUUUGAGCUUCUGUGGAGGGAUUACUUCAGGUUUGUGGGUGUCAAGUACGGAAACAAAAUAUUUCUAAUUAAAGGGCUUCAGGACAAACCUGUGCUGUGGAAGAAGGACACAAAGCUGUUUGAUGCUUGGAAAGAGGGACGAACAGGAGUGCCAUUUGUGGAUGCCAACAUGAGAGAGUUGGCUCUGACGGGCUUCAUGUCCAACAGGGGGCGGCAAAAUGUUGCAAGUUUCCUCACAAAGGAUCUGGGUCUAGACUGGAGGCUGGGAGCUGAGUGGUUUGAAUACCUGUUGAUUGAUCACGAUGUCUGCAGCAACUACGGCAACUGGCUCUACAGCGCUGGAAUAGGAAAUGACCCUAGAGAGAACAGGAAGUUCAACAUGAUCAAACAAGCCUUGGACUAUGACAGCAAUGGUGACUAUGUGAGACAGUGGGUCCCAGAGCUGAAUGCGGUCAGAGGAGCAGACGUUCACACCCCCUGGAACCUGAGCUCAGCUGCUCUGUCUAAUGCUCACGUGUCCCUCGGUGAGACCUACCCCACCCCAAUCGUCAUUGCACCUGAAUGGAGCCGACACUUUAACAAGAAACCGAGCAACUCAGGACCUUCACCAAGAGGGAAGCGAGGCCCGUCUCACACUCCCAAACAGCAUCGGGACCGCGGCAUCGACUUCUACUUCUCCAGAAGCAAAAACCUGUGAUGCAGCUGAGGGCGGUCGCUGCAGAAGGGAGGAUUAUUCUAGUCAAAUCUAUGUUGUGUGUAUAGAUUGUUUAACGGGAAGUUGUCCAAAGAAAUUUUAAGGAAGUGCCUCUUUUGCUGUAAAAUGUGUCUCGUGAUGCACCUUGUGUGAACUCUGCAGAAUUUCCUGCAGAGGAGCAGAAACUUUAUUUUCCUAAAUGUUUAAAGUUUGUUUCUUUGCUGCAGUUACAAUAAAGAAAAUUGUUACAAAUGCAAAAAAAAUCCUAUUUGUUAACAAUUAAAUCUGAACGUUCUAAUUUGUCACUUUAA